CAUUGCCUUAAAAGCAGUUGUGAAGAAGAAGACAAUUUGCUGCACAAAGCUCAGUUUUACCUCUUCGCAGGACUUGUAUUUCUGUUUUGUUUAAUGAUUUUAUUUGUUGUUAUUGCUUUACAGGUAUAUUUUGUAACAAUUAAGAAAUUGAAUGGGAAUGACUACGAAGCUUUAUUGUGUUCAAUAGUCCAUUCUGUACGAUUAAUGUAUUGGGGUGCACACAUCGUUUCUCUUCUUUUCCUGUUUUCAAUCCUUUUUACGGUUAUUUGCUUAAGAAUGAAUAAACUGACUACAGAUUUGAUAGAACUGAAACGAGUAACGCUCGAAACGAAACCUAAACUGGAAAGUAUUUUCGUGAAACACACAGAAAUAUGGGAAAUAUUCGAAAUGCUAAAUGUUAGAUGGAAAGUUUUCAUCCCUAUUCUAUAUUUACAUUUUGUAUACGUCAGUUGUUUUUUAACAUAUGCGGCCAUCUUUGUGGAAAUGGACUAUAAAUUGAAAAUAUUAAUUGCAACUGUUUCUGUAUUAUUCACAUCUGGAAUCCUUAUUAUUUCAUGGGUACUCUCGGCAGUGACUUCACUCCUGUAUGACGAUUUCAUUUCCGUCGGAAGAUUUACUUUUGCCAGUUUUCCUCCCUUAUUCAAGUUUAAGAUAAUAGGUUUCAUGAAAAGAUUUCGAGGAAUACCAAUGGGCAUUUCUAUGGCCGACUUUAUUUACAUCAUGAAGAAUUUUAUAAUUAAAGUUGUGAGUUCUCUGUAUUCUGUUUUCUCUUCGAUGAUUCAGUUGAGUGGUGUUAUGCGAAAGGAUAAGACAUGUCUUGUUCCUUCUACUAAUGUUUCUCUUGCUGACAGCUUAAAUUAG